AGUCGCAACGUACACUGAGACAGUGAGUGAUAGUGACGAUGCUUCUCAACAAGACAGACUCAUUACAACUCAAAGGAACAGAAGUCUCACAACGCAUCCUUUGAUAUCUGCCUCAACGAACACUGGUUUAUUGUUCGAGCUUGAUUUGUAUGGUCAGUGUGUACCUACUUGUCAGAUCAUUACCACAACUUGUGCAGAGUAUACAUUCUGUACUUGUUUGUCUACUUAUUGGUGAUAAUGAUAAUAAAAUGAGUAAGAUGGUCUCGCGUCACCCCGCACUAUCGCACCACGCGCCGAUCUGCGCGUACGAGAGCCCCCGUCUUCCCUCCACGCUGUUUUAGGACAUUAAUAUAAGAAUGGUGGUGUGCAGCGUGUUCCGCGUGACGUCACGGCUAGCCCGCAGCCAACUCAGCGCACAAUGCUGCAGCCGAGCUCUCUACAGCACUGAACACAAACCACGGUUUUACACUAAGAAACACGAAUGGGUGUCGGUGAACGACAACAUCGGCACAGUCGGCAUCUCCACGUAUGCACAGGAAGCUCUCGGCGAGGUGGUGUUUGUGCAGCUGCCAGAGGUCGGCAAAGAAGUCGCCGCUGGAGACGAGUGCGGUGCCCUCGAGAGCGUCAAAGCAGCCGGCGAAGUCUACAGCCCAGUGUCGGGCACGAUAACAGACAAAAAUAGCGAAGUGGAAUCGAAACCGGCGCUGAUCAACAAGUCGUGUUACGAAGAGGGCUGGCUGUUCCGCGUAAAGCUAUCCAGCCCCGAGGAGCUAAAACAGCUGAUGGACCAGGCCACCUACGACAAGUACCUGGAAGAGCACUGACCCGCGCUGCUGCUGUAUUUAUAAUGUUGUUGUUUUGUCUUACCCUACGUAUUUUAUUUGUUGAAGUGUAAGCCAAUAUUUAAUUUCGUUUUGUAAAUGAAUGAGGAACAUUUUGCCACCAAGCAUUAUGAUGUUCCAUCGUCCUAUUUUGGUUGUGUACGCUCUCUCACUUGACUUCUAAUUUUAAAUGUUUUUUUUUUAUUUUGUUAUGAAAUGUGAAAUUUCUACCAUAGCUCUUUGUUAUAAUGUUUUGUUGGGAUGUGCACUGUGCAUGCAAGUUAUCUGUUAAAGUGUUGUGAUAAUUAAAAUUGUUCCUUUUUCUCGACGUUUGCUUUAUUUCAUAGGUUGAAUAAAGUUUAUGUUUUAAUCUUG